AUGACGACCUCCAGCACCGUCUCGGCGGCCAGCUCACGCCAGGCGCCGUCCGAGCCGCUGCUGGUGCGCACCAACACGGAGCGCGACCUGCGCCUGGACGCGCAGCGCCGCCGCUCGGUGCCUAAGAUCACGGGGCGCAAGCUCCGCACGCCGCGGAAGUUCGUGGUCACUGAUGUGCCCGACGAGGAGCUGGACUCCAACAACAACGACAAUAACAACAACAACAACAACAACAACAACGGCAGCAACAACGAAGACCUAUCGUCCUCCAGCUCGUCCGUGCGCAAGGGCAAGACGCAGGUCAAAGGCCGCUUCACCAUCACCGACCUGUCGCCGGAAUCCCCCGAGGCGUCACCCGAGCGCGAAGACCUGUCGGUCUCCAUGGGCCCCACGCCCUCGCGGGCUCUUGAGCCCCCGCGGCGCCAGCCCUCGAGGAGAUUAGCCACGCGGAAGCCGUUCCAGUCGGCGGGCGACGUCCGCUCAUCGGUCGGCCUUACGAAGAAGCGGCUUUCUCAGCAGCAACUGCAGCUCCAGCUGCAGCAGCAGGAAGCGCCCAUGUUUGCGUCGUUCCAGCGCCCGGCGGUGUCUUCGCCGUCGUCGCGCUCUAUGCGCGCGCCGUCGCCAGCUCGUUCUGUGAGCAACCAGACCAAUCACAACAACAACAACCAAACCCAGACGGUGUUCGAUCACCACCUGGAGUUCCUGGAGAAGGAAACCCAUGAGAUGAAGAAUGUGCUGGAGAAGAUGGUGGCGACAAAUGCUCAGUGGAUCGAGGCGCUGACGUCCGCCGGACUUGUGCACGCUAACAGCGCUCCUAGAUUAGGCGAGGCGUCUCUUUCCGAACCGAUGGUCCCUGUGGAGUCCCCUCUGGAGAAGAAGUACCGGGAGAUUGAGCAGGCGUACACACAGUUGCAGACGAAGUACGAAGCUGUGUGCCAAAAGAGCGAGCGGAUGGAGGUAAAGAAUGCAAUGCUGGAGAUCCGCCUCCAGCAGCAGAUCAACCGCUCGACGAUGCUGCGAUCGCAGCUUGACAAGCUCACGCAGUACACCGAGAAUCUGAUUGGCGAGUCAUCGGAGCCCACUCUGCACGACUAUAACUCCGACCUCAACUCUAUCUUUGGUGAACAGUCUGAGGCGCACUCGCCAACUGCCGAUGAAAUGACGAGCGGUGGAGAGUAUGGGUUCAGCUAUGAUGUGGGCAAGUCACGGCGGCAACGUUGGCGCGGCGUGGACGAGGAGUGCAUGUCGGACACGAGCACUGAAGGAGAAUCCAUCCGGAAAACUUCGUCACCUCCGCCUUUCGAACAGGGCGACAACAACCGCUACUUUGGUGACGUUUUAACGACUGCGGAUCUCGAAUCUGGCAACGACCAUGAGAACUCUUCUGCGCUGGACUCGCUGUUGGAUGACCAAGUCAACCAACUGCAGCAGUCGUUGCGCUCGAAGAACAGGGCGGACGCCGACGAUCGCGUAUCCGUGAUUGGCUCCAUUGAUUCUCUUGCUGUGUGCCCGUCGGUCACCAACUUCGGGUCUACUGGCGACGAUGAGUAUGACGGCAACAACCAGAUUGGUCACUCGGGGCCGUUGUCCAAGGGGCUGAAGUCGGACUUGUUGAAGCACAGCAACUCGGUGACUUCACUCAACUACUCAACGGUGUCGUCUACGUCUUCGCUGGCUGGGUACGGACUCCACCUCGCGACGAUGGCGCAGUCCAAGUCGGGUUACUUCGCCAGUGUUGCCGCGGCCAGCUUGUUUGGCCCGCACCCUGAGCCGUAUCCGAACGCCUCGAACCAGCAGAACGCCGACAAGGACGAUGACGACACGGUGUACAACGUGCUUAGCCCGGAGAACCUGCGUUUCCACGACUGCCAGUCUCUGCUUCAAGCGGCCGAGGAGCGCAGUGUGCAGAAGCCGAGACUGGGCUUCCCCUUCACGACCAAGUUGCAGAAGUCUUCUUCUUUGCCGGGGGCGAAUGAAGUCCCCAAACGGACUCAAUCGACUGGCAGCUUGUUCCAGCGGUUCGCAGUGCGGCGGCGAUAA